GCCUCAAAGCGGACCCUGCAAAGUCGCGGCCCCGCACGCGAGGCCGCAGGGCUCGGGCAGCGCGGGCAGGGGCGGGUGAGCCGCUGCGUGCGGGCUGCCCGAGGAAGCGCCUCGCUAGCGGGGCCCUGCGGCGAACCCCCGGGGCAGCCGGAGGUGCGGCGGCGCAGAAGGGCGCCCAGCGCGUCCGUGCGCCCUGCGGGCGCGGCGCGUCCAUGGGCAGCUCCUGGAACAGCAGCGCCGGCGCGGACGGCGCGGACGGCGCGCUGCUGCCGUGCGACGAGCGCCUCUGCUCGCCCUUCCCCCUGGAGGCGCUGGUGCCUGUGACCGCCGUGUGCCUGGGCCUGUUCGCCGUCGGGGUGAGCGGCAACGUGGUGACGGUGCUGCUGAUCGGGCGCUACCGGGACAUGCGGACCACCACCAACCUGUACCUGGGCAGCAUGGCCGUAUCCGACCUGCUCAUCCUGCUCGGGCUCCCCUUCGACCUGUACCGCCUCUGGCGCUCGCGGCCCUGGGUGUUCGGGCAGCUGCUCUGCCGCCUCUCGCUCUACCUGGGCGAGGGCUGCACCUACGCCACGCUGCUGCACAUGACGGCGCUCAGCGUCGAGCGCUACCUCGCCAUCUGCCGCCCGCUCCGUGCCCGCAUCCUCGUCACCCGGCGCCGCGUCCGCGCCCUCAUCGCCGCGCUCUGGGCGGUGGCGCUGCUCUCCGCCGGGCCCUUCUUCUUCCUGGUGGGCGUCGAGCAGGACCCCGGCCUCGACGCGGUCCCGGACCUAAACGGCAGCGCCCCGCUCACACUCACGCCCUCGCCCCGCACCUCGCCGCCACCGUCGCACCCCGGGUCCUCGCGAGCGCCACCGCUGUCCCCCCCGUCGGGGCUCGAGGCCGCGGCGGCCGCGGCUCUGUUCAGCCGCGAGUGCCGGCCCAGCCCGGCUCAGCUAGGCGCGCUUCGCGUCAUGCUUUGGGUCACCACCGCUUACUUCUUCCUGCCCUUUCUGUGCCUCAGCGUCCUCUACGGGCUCAUCGGCCGGGAGCUGUGGAGGAGCCGGGGGCCGCUACGAGGCCCGGCCGCUUCCGGGCGCGAGAAGGGCCACCGGCAGACGGUCCGCGUCCUGCUGGUGGUGGUUCUGGCAUUUAUAGUGUGCUGGUUGCCUUUCCACGUUGGCAGGAUCAUUUACAUAAAUACGGAAGAUUCCCGGAUGAUGAACUUCUCUCAGUACUUUAACAUUGUUGCUUUGCAACUUUUCUAUCUGAGUGCAUCCAUCAACCCGAUCCUCUACAACCUCAUUUCAAAGAAGUACAGAGCAGCGGCCUGGAAACUGCUGCUGGCUACACAGUCCAGACAGAGAAGUUUCUGCCGAAGCAGGGACACGGAGGGGGACAUGGGAGGAGACGCUGCUGGCUACACAGAGACCAGCGCCAAUGUACAGACGUCGUCAACCAGUACCGCCAAGCAAGUCGCCUUGUCCCACAAUGCUGAGACUUCAGGGAAGACAGGUCUGUAGGGAAAUCAGGACUGAAGGGGGCGGGGGGUGGGGGGCGGUACUGAUGCCCUCAGGAAGAGUUGGGAAGAGUCGUCAACAUUCUGCAAGUUGGUCAACAUGUCAACAUCAUGUCAGCAACAUGUCAGCAUGAUGUUCGUUUUUAAAACCAAGGUAUGCAAUUGAACCGUAUGCAAUUGAACCGCCUUCCAUUUUCCCCCCUCAAGGAUGUUCAUUACAGACGCACGAAAUCCCACAUCACAAAAUGUGCUCUGGGAGGUUUUCUAAGUCUUCAUUCUCCUAGACUUUGGAAAUAGGAUUGCUCAUUUUCUGGGUAAUAAGAGAGAUGCUGCCAUGAAAAUUGUCACCUCUGAGAUCAGGGGUGUAUUUUGUUUUUAUGUUUUGGAUAUACACGUAAUGGUGCCUAUACAAGGAACCCAGGAUAAUAAGAGUUUUUAUUCAAGAAAUUACUUAAUGUCUAUAUAAGGUAGCAAAAUUGUUUAGAAGUAAGUGAAAGGAAUUCUGGGUAAAAGCCAAUGUGCAGCCGCCUCACUCCUGGCUCAGAACAAAUCAUAGAGUUUAGGAACAACACUGUCUUUCAGAACUGCUGUUCAUAUGCACUGUGUUGCAACCCACUUGUCCCCAACACUGCCCAUGGGGCUUGCCGGGCGCCAUUGCCGUGAGGUAACAAACCUGGGCACGGAAGCCUGAGAGCAGGGAGCUGCAGCAGGACUUGGCUUCUUGACAGAGUGACUACUAAUGACAUUUAUGAAGAUCUGAUUUGCCUCGGCUUGGUGGGAUAAGAGUUGUCAUCAUUCCUGUUUUACUGGUGAUGGAACUGAAUCUUACAUUUCCCAGACAGGAACUGGUGGGUCUGAGUCCGAACUCCUAUCUUUAAGAUUCUUACCCACUCCCACCCUGAGAAACUGCUCUUAGUGAAAAAACACAAGGGUCCACGGAUGCCGUCAAGGGUGAAGGAGAAUGUCUUGGGCAUUCUGACCAACAGCUCUGUAACUGUUUUGUGUUUUAGUUUAAAACACAGAACUGUCUUUAGAGGGCUGCGGUUGCGGCCUCACCCAGCUCCAGGGGGCCUCGUUCACACCACAGUCUAUAUGAAUGGCGCCCCCUGGAGGUGGGCAGGGCACAGAGUGCUGAGUUGUAAACUACAAACGGUAAACGGGAAAACCAGAGAGACUCUGCUCAACGUGCUGACAAAGUUCUGUCACAUUUCCAUGUAAUUAACUAAACACAGGGGUGCCUUCAAGUCCCCAUAAAGGAUGCUAACACCCUGGCCCUGCCCUCAAUUGGUACAGCAGAGAAGUGUCUCUUCUACACUGUUUCUCUGAGCUAGCGGCAGAAGCACAUAGUGGCCACUGGGGGCAGCAGGCCCUAAACUGUAUUCUGCAGUUUUUGGUGAUGAUUUGCAAAAAGGACCCUGUGGUCAAAUAUGGUGGGAAAGCACCACAUAGCUGCCCCCUCCUUGAGAGUCACCACAGCACAUAUCACACCAGAAGCCCCAGAUUGUUGUUUCACCCAGCAUUUCCUGGACUUACCACAGAGCCAACUCCCCAUCCCCCCUCCUCAGGAACUCUUAUGAAAUCUGGUGGCCUGAGCCACACUGUUGAGACAGCAGGGCUCUCACAGUGGAGGUGCCAGCCUUAUGCCACUGCCUCUGCUUGGGAGCACUAAGUAGGGACGUGCCGGAGCUCCUGCCACACAGUCUUUCCACGCAUGUGAGUGUCUCUUUGGGGCAGUCAGACCAGGCCUCUUCCCUAUGGAAGAUCAUGGUUAAGAACCUUACUGAUAUUUUAAGUGUAAAAUGUUACAGAUACGGAAGCAAAGGCCUCUCCUUUGAGCUUUUUUGGUCAGAUUAGAGAGAUGAGGGAUUUACAUCACACUUUCCUGUGACCCAAGUGUGUUCCCAGGCAUGGCAGCGAGGAGGAUCCCGCUUCUUUUGUCGUGUGGACCCUGGGAUGGAAUGUCUGAGGCCCAUCUCUCCUGCAGACCACUGUUUGCUUGUUUUUGAAAUGCUGGUCUCACCCAUCACUAGACUGUGAAAUCGCUGGACUGUGUCACUUUCUUUUCUUUUCUUUUUUUUUUUUUUUUUUUUUGUAGGAAGUAGUGGGGCAAGAAGAGAAUAGAGGAAUCAGGCCAUCACUUGUAGUAAAGGUAAUUAUCAUCUUGUGAAACUUGUUUCAAUCAUAUAGUGGCUGGUGUCAUUCCUGGUUCAGAAAAUAAAAUGUGUUUUUACUGUGGGUUGUGGUAAAAAAAUAUGAAAAGUUGUUCUAAGAUCUAAAAUUGUUCUCUAUCCCAGCAAAGAGUGUCCUUGUGUAUUGACAAUUGACUGUAACAAGAGAGGGGAGUCCUACAAAGACCCAGGGUGGCUGGGUCAGGGAUCAUUGCAGAGUGUGGUUUUCACUCCUCGACCCUCCCUGGAGGCUGUUCCCCAGGGCCACUCCUGGCACCCUACACGUGCUGGUGUCCCUGCCAGUUUCUCUCGAACCCUCUCUGCUGUCUGCAAGCCACAGUGCUUUUGUUAGGUGAGGCAUCAGCCUUGUUAGGGUUUGUGUUUCAUUUACUCACUCAGGAAAUAUUUACUAAGAUGCUAAGUGUAUAUGACAGCCUGGAUUUAGCGUAUGACAGAACACACUAGAAAGAGAAAUCCAUGUAAUGAUGGUGUCCAAAUCAAUCACCCUUUUAAUGGCAUUUUUUGUUUGAAAUGUGUACAUGUGUCAUCAACACUAACCCAGGUUUAGCUCACAGGGUAACAAAAUCCCUUACAUCAGAUGGGGCUGCAGAGUAUCACAUUAGUGUUACCCACAGAGACAUUCCUCCCUUUUUAAAAAAAUUUUUUAAAGUGUAUUCAUUUAUUUUGAGAGAGAGAGAGAGAGAGAGAGAGAGAGAGAAUCCCAAGCA